AUGUCAAUGGUAUGGACGGUGCUUUGUGCGCUUAAGGACCCCUACCAGAACAACCCAAUUAGGAUUGUGUUGGAGAUCUUAUUGUUGGGGGUAGUUCUGCGGUAUGCAUUUUCGCGGCGGGGGAAUGGUGUUGAUUCGGAGAUAGUUUUGUCGGAUGGUGAGGCGGAACAAUUGAUUGCGGAAUGGGAGCCGAAAGAGCUGGGGGAGGAAGUGGCUGAGCCGGAGAUAGGUAAGGUGAAGUAUGUUCUAUCUUCUUUUACGCCGUUCUUGUUCAAUGGGGGAAGUCUAGGAGAUGAACCGGUGGCGGGUUUACCUGGUGAGACGGUUGAGAAUCGGAUGCGGAAGAAGAAAGAGAUUAAGGCGGUAGUGGAUAAGUACGGGGUUGGUACGUGUGGGCCGCGUGGGUUUUAUGGGACUUUGGAUGUACAGUUGGAUUUAGAGGCAGCUUUAGCACAAUCUUUGGGUGUGGAAGGGGUUGUGUUGUAUGCUCAUGCUUUAUUAGCGAUUGCAAGUGUGAUUAAGUGUUUUUGUAAACGAAGUGAUGUAAUCUUUUAUGAUUAUCGGUCUUCCGUUAGUAUUAGACGGGGCAUUUAUGCUUCUAAGGCGAAAGCUAUUUCUUAUACAACUCCCUCUGAUUUGAAUGCGAAAUUGUCUUUGGAGAAAGCUAGCCGGAUGUUUAUCAUUACGGAAGGUAUCUUUGAAGAAACGGGUGAAACGGCCGAUUUAGGAGCUGUUGUACGAACCAAACAGGCUCAUAAGGCCUUUUUGAUUUUGGACGAGUCUAUUUCUAUUCCUAUGCUGGGCACACGCGGUUCAGUGGGUUUCUUUGGGAUUGAUCCGGCUGAGAUUGAUUUAUGGAUUGGAUCUUUAGCUGGUGGGUACGAAUCAGCCGGUGGAUUUUGUGGCAGUACUCGGGUCAAUUCUGAUCAGCAAAGACUGUGCAGUUUAGCUUACUGUUUCUCGGCUUCUUUACCAGCCGCCCUAACUUGUUUUGGUCUGGCUAAUAUUGAAACAGUUGCCGCCUGGGAGGCUGCAGCAGAUCCCGGUUUAGUGGUAAGUAGUGAGGAAGAAAGUUCCAGUGAGUGUGAGUUCUCUUAUGCCCCAGAGAUAGAAUUCCCAGUACGAAGACCUUCCCGCUCACCUAAAUUCGCCCGACGGUUCUGCCGCGAGAAGAACACACUAAUCAACAGUCCAGCCGUUGCGGCACUAGUUCGUAAUUUCAACCAAUGUGCCAAAAAGACCGGAGUUAGUAUUAGAGCUCGUAAUGAUUCAUUUACGCCAAUUGUUCGACUAGUUAUUCAAGAAGAAACAGCCGAGAAGUCAUUCCUUAUUCAGCACGCCUACACACUCCUACUAGCCCAAGGUAUCUUCGUCCGUACAACUCAAUUCCCCGAACCCGCCCUACUACUAAUAGUUGACAAUUCCAUUACACCCGCCACAGCCAAUACAAUCUCUCUUGCCCUCUAUGCCAUCAUGGCCGAAGUACUAACCGCCCACGACCAAAAUGAAGCCACCCACAAGUAA